AUGACACUCUCAGUCGCCAACACAACAUUGGUGUGGCCAUACGAGGUAUUACUUGGGAUGGAUUUCCUGGAGGAGACAGAUGCUAUGAUACUUGCCAGACAAGGGGAUGUCAUUAUCAACGGGCUGGUGGUCCCAGCGACCAAAUUGGGCGAGGGUGAGGGCGAGGGUGAGGGCGAGGAUGAGGGCGAGGGUGUGGGCGAGGAUGAGGGCGAGGAUGAGGGCGAGGAUGAGGGCGAGGAUGAGGGCGAGGGUGAGGGCAAGGGUGUGGGCGAGGGUGAGGGCGAGGGUGAGGGCGAGGGUGAGGGCGAGGAUGAGGGCAAGGGUGUGGGCGAGGGUGAGGGCGAGGAUGAGGGCGAGGGUGAGGGCAAGGGUGUGGGCGAGGGUGAGGGCGAGGAUGAGGGCAAGGGUGUGGGCAAGGGUGAGGGCGAGGAUGAGGGCAAGGGUGUGGGCAAGGGUGUGGGCAAGGGUGUGGGCAAGGAUGAGGGCGAGGGUGAGGGCGAGGAUGAGGGCGAGGGUGAGGGCGAGGGUGAGGGCAAGGGUGUGGGCGAGGGUGAGGGCGAGGAUGAGGGCGAGGAUGAGGGCGAGGGUGAGGGCAAGGGUGUGGGCAAGGGUGUGGGCGAGGAUGAGGGCGAGGAUGAGGGCGAGGGUGAGGGCAAGGGUGUGGGCAAGGGUGUGGGCGAGGAUGAGGGCGAGGAUGAGGGCGAGGGUGAGGGCAAGGGUGUGGGCGAGGGUGAGGGCGAGGAUGAGGGCAAGGGUGUGGGCAAGGGUGAGGGCGAGGAUGAGGGCAAGGGUGUGGGCAAGGGUGUGGGCAAGGGUGUGGGCGAGGAUGAGGGCGAGGAUGAGGGCGAGGGUGAGGGCAAGGGUGUGGGCGAGGGUGAGGGCGAGGAUGAGGGCGAGGAUGAGGGCGAGGGAUGA